GAGAAAUGCUCCAUUCCCAGGGCGAUAAUCCAAAAUGCACCAGUGAGCCAAAGGUAUGGCUAUUGUUGUUGUAAUUUUAGCCGUGCUCUAUAGUAACGCUGGUAGCUGUGCUCGCAUGAAAGUAUAUUCUCAGGAGAAAGCCUCAACAUGUCCCGUACAACAUGCGCAUAAAUUUGCAAUCCAAUUUCCCGGACAAUUGAACUUUACCUCAAUUGAUAACAUUAUUCAAUUCCACGGGAAUUUUUCGGUUACAGAAGUUAUCCAGGAGCCACUGGAGAUGAUAAUAGUGUCGAAUCGAUGCACCCUGGAUAUGAAAACCUGUGAACAGUUCAAUAAAGUAACCCUCAGCGACAUCUGCCGACACAUCAACAACGAGAAAGGCCGUUGGGCGCCAUUCUUCAAAAGUACGGAUCCAGAUCUGAGCUGUCCCAUCAAACCGGGGGUGUACAGGUUCGAACAUUCCAUUCUGGACCUGACGUUUUUCACCAACUUUCCGAUGGAAGGCUAUCGCUGGUUAACCUACUUGAAGCUGUACUCGAAGUCGAAGCCAAAGCGAGAACUGCUUUGUCUAACGUCGCAAAGCUCGAUGCGUUGGGUGAGAAAGAUCUGAGAGUGUAUAUCGUGUGAGUUUGAUUUCUUUAUAAAAAGAAGUUCUGGCACAUCAGAUUCUAAAAUACUUGCAAAAGUUCUUACGUACCUAGGUAUAUACUUAAAGUAAAGCUGGAUUUUAAUUUCGGAUAUGAUCUUCUCUCUCAUGGACAAACACAUCGAAUAUUGCGGGAAACAUAAAUAUUUUAUUGGAAAUUCAAAUUUUAAAUAAACAAUAAUUUACGGUGCAAUUAAAUACGGCAGAAAAUCCUUUAUAUUUUGAUUCAAAAUAAAUGUUAAUCACAUUGCAAAUAAGUAGCAAUUCAAUUUAGAACCAAUGGGUAUAACUGACUGUGGCAUACCAGUUUAGCACCCUAUGCGCAGAGAUGCGAAUCGUCAGCAUUCGCGCAUCAUCGAACACCGCGACCCAACCGCGACAACAAUAUUCGCGCUCCAUCAGACAUCGCGACUUCGCGACGUCGCGACGCGCACGUCGUAGGUCGUCAGCGACACGAACCAUCGAGCCGGUCGGACAGCAGAGACCACGCCGCCGACGAUCGCUCUUUUGCAUCGCAGCAACCGGGCGGCAAGCACGUGUCAUCCAAAACAAGCUGCAGGCAAUUUUGCGGCAAUCGGCCGAAACUGUAGUGCGGAAAUUUACAUUGGUGAUCCUGCCAGGUUUGCUGCUUAAUGUUUUAAGAGCAAAUAAAUUGUGAAGGCCGAAAACAUAUUCCAAUAUAAGAUAAAUGGUAAGCAUAUUUGGUGGAAGUGAUUUUUUUAUACUCGUAAAGUAAUGCUAUUGAUUGUGCAAUGACGCUGAAGAGAGGUUAUGAGUGCUGAUUGUAAAAAAAAAUGGAAAAAAACCACACGUGAGGAUCCGGCGCGAUUGGACUUCCGCCGGGGGGAAGUGAAAAGAACCACACAUGGACUUGUGUGAGGACCCGGCGCGAUUGGAGUUCCACCGGGGGGAAAGUGAAAAGAACCACACAUGGAUUUGUGUGAGGAUCUGGCGCGAUUGAAGUUCCGCCGGGGGGAAAUGGAAAAAUCCACACAUGGACUUGUGUGAGGAUCCGGCGCGAUUGGAGUUCCGCCGAGGGGAAGUGAAAAGAACCACACAUGGACUUGUGUGAGAAUCCGGCGCGAUUGGAGUUCCGCCGGGGGGAAGUGAAAAGAACCACACAUGGACUUGUGUGAGGAUCUGGCGCGAUUGGACUUCCGCCGGGGGAAAAUGGAAAAAUCCACACAUGGACUUGUGUGAGGAUCCGGCGCGAUUGGAGUUCCGCCGGGGGGAAAUGAAAAGAAUCACACAUGGACUUGUGUGAGGAUCUGGCGCGAUUGGAGUUCCGCCGGGGGGGAGUGAAAAGAACCACACAUGGACUUGUGUGAGAAUCCGGCGCGAUUGGAGUUCCGCCGGGGGGAAAUGAAAAGAACCACACAUGGACUUGUGUGAGGAUCCGGCGCGAUUGGAGUUCCGCCGGAGGCAAAUGGAAAAA